AUGGAAAUCAUUGCAGAGAAACCCAAAGUGAAAUUUAAUUUCGCGUCUGAGGACUACAAAAACUGUGACAGUUCUGAUUACUCAGAGUGUGUGGAAGACUAUGGCAGACCAAAUGGGAAGGACUAUUUUUAUGCUAAUAGAAUUUUGUCUUUGGACAGAAACAGUGAACAGAGAAGGAAGGAAUCUCCCAGUAAGCGACCAGGGUUAUGUGUAGAUGAAAUUUGCACUUGCGGCUUUCACAAAUGUCCCAAAAUAGUAAAACCAUUACCAUUCGAUGGGGAAAGCAACUAUAGGAGUGAAUUUGGUCCAAAGCCGCUGCCGGAACUACCGCCUAGGCAAGAAGCCAAGUUGACGAGGUCACUGCCAUUUGAAGGGGAAAGCAAUUACCGAAGCGAAUUUGGACCUAAGCCUCUACCUGAACUACCUCCCAAAGUUGAACAGAAGCCUCCCAAAUCGUUGCCAUUCGAGGGAGAAAGCAACUAUAGGAGUGAAUUUGGACCUAAGCCUCUACCUGAACUUCCCCCACGGGUAGAACAGAAGGCUCCCAAAUCGUUGCCAUUCGAGGGGGAAAGCAAUUAUCGAAGCGAGUUUGGGCCCAAAGCGCUGCCGGAACUACCUCCAAGAGUUGAACAAAAGCCUCCAAAAUCGCUUCCUUUCGAAGGGGAAAGCAAUUACCGAAGCGAAUUUGGACCUAAACCUCUACCCCCCUUGCCACCCAGGGUAGUAACAAAAUUGGUGAAGUCGCUUCCAUUUGAGGGGGAGAGCAACUACCGAAGCGAAUUUGGACCGAAACCGCUUCCUGAGCUUCCUCCAAGAGUUGAACAGAAGCCACCCAAAUCGCUUCCUUUCGAAGGAGAGAGCAAUUAUAGAAGCGAGUUUGGACCUAAGCCCCUACCUGAACUUCCCCCACGGGUAGUAACAAAAUUGGUGAAGUCUCUUCCCUUCGAGGGCGAAAGCAACUACCGGAGUCAGUUUGGACCUAAGCCUCUACCUGAAAUUCCCCCACGCGUUGAACAGAAGCCACCAAAAUCCCUUCCUUUCGAAGGGGAGAGCAAUUAUCGAAGCGAGUUCGGACCGAAACCGCUUCCGGAACUACCGCCUAGACAGGAAGCGAAGUUGACAAGGUCGUUACCAUUUGAAGGGGAAAGUAGCUACAGAAGUGAAUACGUACGGAAGGCUAUUCCUAUCUGCCCAGUUAAUCUGUUGCCGAAAUAUCCAGCCCCGACCUAUCCGUCUGAGCAUGUCUUUUGGGACUCCACGUGCAAAAGGUGGUAUUAG